AUGCCAGGCGCGUCGCCACCAAAGCCUUGGGAGAGAGCGGGGACUGCAGCGGCACUCUCCUCUACCGCAGCUCCGCCUGCUGUUCCAACAAUGGCUUCUGCAACCUCCGCAUUAUCGGAAUCAGUACCCUCCCUCCCCAGCCGGCCUUCCACCCUCACUCCCUCAAUUGCAACGACACCAGCGACCACGAACGCCCUUAACCCUUAUGCACAACCUUAUAACCGCUUUGGCACGUACUCGUCGCCUUACUCCACUUAUGGAGGGUACAGCGGCUAUGGAGGAUAUGGCUCUACAUACGGGGGCUAUGGCGGGAUGUACGGCGGGAUGGGGUAUGGUAUGCCAGGAAUGAUCGGGAUGGAUCCCAACAAUCCCUCGCUUGCUCAACAGCUAGGCUCAAGCACAUCACAAACUUUCGCUCUCAUCCAAUCGAUCGUUCAAACUUUCGGUGGAUUUGCACAAAUGCUGGACUCCACGUUCAUGGCAACACAGUCAUCUUUCUUCGCCAUGCUUGGUGUAGCAGAUCAAUUCUCUCAGCUGAGGGGUGCUCUGAGCCAGGUUUUUGGCGUGUUUGGCCUCGUCGCCUGGCUCCGGGGAUGGUGGAAGGGCGAAAAGCCUAGCAUGUCGGAGGAGUUCAAACGUUUUCUCUCCACCCCACAACCGCAACGUGGAGGCACUCCUGGCACUCCUUCACCGAAACCAAGCAGAAAACCCCUUCUAGUUUUCCUCCUCGCCGUCUUUGGCCUCCCCUAUCUCAUGCAUCGCCUCGUCAAGAUGCUCUCGCGCCGUCUUCCCUCUCCUGAACAAUUAGCAGCUCAACAGGUCCCCAUUGAUCCCUCAAAACUCUCUUUCGCAAGAGCUGUCUAUCCUUUUACGACACAAGAUCCCGUCGAGUUAGGUCUCGCAAAAGGCGAGAUUGUAGCCAUUCUGAGUACAAGGAGAGUGGUGGAGAGGACGAACAAGAGAUGGCGGGAGGGAUGGUUCCCCAGGGAUUUCGUCGAGAUUAUCAAGCAGAAGGAAGCGAGUCCCCUGCCUGCUCCCCUGCCAACUUCCGCCCCCACACCUGAUGCGGCACUUUUGGCCCCGAAAAUUGUUUGAUUGCUUAAUGUUGGAUCGAUGCGUUGCUUUGACUGACUGUUCUCUUAUUUACUCACCACGUCGGCUUUUGGAGCUUGGACGAUUUCAACACUGUAUAUUCCCCGUAGCAUCGUCGUCCGACUUCCUGGCCGGCGUAUAUUGUCCAUAGUGUGCAUCUAAUUAUGACGCUUUUGACAAAUGACCGUGUCAUCGCGACUGGAAGUGCUUGUGCAUCGCGCUUCACUGGACCCACUUAUUUCGUUCUGUGACGUUGCAAGGGUUACAUAAUCAAAUUCAUAU